AUGGUGAACCGACGCAGUGGACUAGGUUAUGAGAACAGUGAAUCCUCUAACACAAACCCCGACCUAGCUCAAAUCAUGCAAGUGCUCGUAACAGCCUUAAACGCCAACCGCCGAAACCAAAAUCGCGAUGAUGAACCUAUGACCCGAACCCGAGCGAUGAAUGAAUUUUGCAAACACCGACCUCCGACCUUCAAUGGAGAUACCAACCCCACCGUGGCUGAAACGUGGUUAAAAGAAGUCAAGGUGAUCCUGGACACCUUGGAGAUUACUCGAAAUGGAGAUCGUGUAGCCUUAGCCACAUACCAGCUAAAAGGAGAAGCUCGUUAUUGGUGGGAUUUGAUGGAGAUAACCUAUACCAUAGCCACCAUGACCUUCGACAAGUUCGAGACCCUAUUUCUUAACAAGUAUUUCCCCACCCCUCUUCGUUUGGUCAAGGAACAAGAGUUUCUAAAUCCGAAACAAGGAACGAUGACCGUUACCCAAUACGCGGCCAAGUUCGAGGAACUAUCCCGCUACGCUCUAGCCGCCAUAGCAACGGAGGACAAGAAAGCGAGAAGGUUUGAAUGGGGGCUGACAACUGCUAGAAGGGCUGUGGUGUCUCAAGCCUUUCCCACUUAUGCCGGUGCCGUGAAGUGUGCUCUUCGACUAGAGAGUGAGGAAAAUGACUUCAAAACCCGAUGGAGGAAGGCGACAGGCAACACUGGCAGACCUAUCCGAACUCAACCUUUCAACAACAAUCGUGGGCCCUACCAUACCAAACCCUUCACCCCGUCGCAAAACAACCAACCUUGGAAGAUUGCUGCACUAGGACGUGGCAAACAACAGAGGGGCGGCAAAAACAUAGCUACAAUUCAGUGCUUCAACUGUCAGGCUAUGGGCCACUACAAACGUGAAUGCCCCCAACCCCGAGGGAGAGAACUGGAAGCUUUGGAGGCCAGAAAGCUCAACGGCCGGGACAAGCCGGAUUUGGAAAGCAAAACCCCGGAGGCCUAUCACAGCAGCUGA